CACACAGGCAACGAAUCAAUACAGCUAUAAUACCACAAUAUCUGAAGAUUCACCACCGACGUCGCGGUCUAUCUCUAUAAUGAUCACAUGGUGGCUGUGACCCCACUUUUGAGAUAGAGAGGCAUCUCACAAACCUCACAAACGAUAUUGAUCAAAAAUGACGCGCCUGGAACCGUUGAUUGUUUCCGCACUGGGCCGCUCACCAUACAAUGACGAGCUCAUAGUUAACGACGACCAGGGGCAGGGCGAUGGAACAGUCCGCAUAGGGCAACAGUACGACGACCGUGGCAGGCCCAUCAACCCCGAGACAACACAGCGCACGAAGAACCUUGUCCGGGCAUCGAACGAAGUCUUGCAAGCAGCAGGUAUUAUUGAACCCAAUGCGGAUUAUAGGGCACGUGACGAGGCUCUGAAGGCUGCAAGAGAAGAGGAUUUCGAGAAGGCCUUCAGACGGCGGACAAUAGGCGGGGUACUGCUCACGGCGGGUGUGUGGGGAACAAGCGGUCUAAGGAGGAGAACGUUGCUGUAUCGGGAAUACUCCAACCAUCCUCUGUUAGACAUCAUUCGUCUUGAGCGCGUAGACCGUUCUGUUCCCCGUAUUCUAGGGGCAGGAUUGCCAGCCCUAUUACUAAAUAGAGCUUUCGGUAACUUUGCGCUUGUGUACGAGCAGAUAUUCGACAUCAAGAAUCAAUCAACAAAACGAAUAAUCGAAUACUGCUUCUAUCAUGUCAUGUUCCAUUACCAAUAUUUCGCCACCCUUCAGCAGCUCAACCUCUUCAACCCCCGACAGCUUGUUCCGACCUUGCUUUUCAUGGUUCCGUUCUCUUCUCAAUCUCCUCUCUAUCUACCUGCUUUUCCAGCCACUGUUUCUACGCCUAAUUUGCUAUCUUGGGUGAGCUCGGUCGGCUUGGUCCUUGCACCCUGUAUUCUACUUGCGGCAUGGAAACGUACCACUCAAUUACUCUCAAAUCUCAUUUUCGACCCCCUAUACGAGUUUCUACCUCAUCCAUCCAAUCCCCGCCCACAAUCUCCCGACCUACUUGGUACUAUCAAUGAAUUAAGGCAAACAAUACAAGAACAUGACUAUGACGAUCUAUCAAACCCGCCAAGACUGCCAGAUCCCAACAGCGUUUCAAAUGCGUCUGAUUAUUCUUCGGGAAGCACGGAAUCGGAUUUAAGCCCAGAGACACAUCGACAUGGUCCUCCGUUCACCGCCUCGCCGGUAACACCAACAUCCGAUCCACGUACCCUCCGUGCCCUCGAAGGUGAACCCCGUUCCCCGCUACCUCAAGAAGCAGAGCAAGAACUGGACUACUCCCCGUCAAGGCGGCGAGACUCGCUUGCUACAACAACAGACGAGGAAGCGAUCGCACAAACAACCUUUAUUUCCUUCGACGUCGAGGCGACCGAUGAACCGGCGGAAGCAAUCGGCUCGUACUCGGCCGAACUCCGGAAUGCAAACUACGCUGACGAGCCACGGUCAGAUGCCAAGAUCUAUAACUUGACAGCUACUUCUCUCCUACCGGCCCAUUUAGCUGCUGAUGCGCUCAGUGUUCUCGCUGCUGCGGUUUUUACAAUGCCCCUCGAGGCUAUGGCAGUUAGGGCUAUCGGCCAAAGCUGGAGAGUGAAAAUGGGCCUACCUGUCGGGGAUAUGUUCUGGAUAUUCCUGGGGGGGGGGUCUGGGCUGACGUGGAAUGGAGUUGCAAGUGUUGCCACAUUGUUUGUUACGGAGGUGUUGAUCACCGGUGUCGUUUGGGGGGUUUAUUCUGGGGGUAUGACUUUGUGGGAUUGGAAGAGUGGGGAAGCUGAGGCUAAGAAGGCCAAGGACUCAAAGUAGUUCAGACGGCACGGCCAACUUUUUGCUAUCCCUUUCUUUCCUGGCUAUGCAUUGCUAAAUACGUGUAAGAUACCAUUCUAAAGACAGAACUUUAUACCAUGCGCCGUCUACCUAUGCUCGUAACUUCCACCCUGUUGUGAAAGCGCUUUCCGCCC